UGCAAGUUCACCGAACUUUAGCUACCAGUACAGUCGAACAGCCUGCGCUUUGAGUUUUGACUGCAUGUCAAUCGCAAAAUUCCGAUCUUUGAAGUCAAAACUCCAGCAUUGAAGCACAAUUCUUCCCUUCAUACAGAACCACCAUGCCUCCCUCACAAAGACGGAGACGACCAGUCGAUGACGAAGACUCAGACGAGGAACCCAGACACCCGAGACAGAGGCGCAAUAAUGAUGAGUCCGCAGAAGAAGAAGAGGGUUCCGAGCAUGGUGCUGUGGACGCGGAAGCGAGCGCGGAAGAUCAGCUCGCCAAGAAACUGGUGCGAUAUGCGCUGGCCUGCGAGUUUUCUCGGACACCUAUCCGUCGAGAUGGUAUCAAGGAGAGAGUGCUUGGAGACCAGGGUAGAGCCUUUAGGAAAGUAUUCGACCUAGCGCAACAACAGCUCCGCCUCGUCUGGGGCAUGGAGCUACGAGAACUCGCAGUGAGGGAAAAGUUCACAAUGGCGGAGAAGCGACAAGCAUUAAAGUCCGGCUCCCAAGCAAAAACCAGCUCAGGCGUCUACGUCCUAUCCUCGACCCUCCCCUCCCAAUACCGCUCCCCGACCAUCCUCGCCCCCUCGAAAGCACCGAGCACCGACGCCGAAGCAUCGUACGUGGGCUUCUACACUAUGAUCGUGACCAUCAUCUUCCUCAGCGGCGGCGAGCUGUCGGAGCAGAAGCUACGGCGGUACCUGAACCGCCUCAACGCCGAGGCGAACGUGGCGGUGGAGAAGACGGAGGACGUGCUGAAGCGCAUGCAGACGCAGGGCUACGUCGUGCGCAAGGUGCAGAAGAACGCGGGGACGCAGGCGCAGGACGGCAGCGAGGACAUUACGUGGCUCAUUGGCCCGCGUGGGCUCGAAGAGAUUGGUGCCGAGGGGGCGGCGGGCAUGGUGCGUUCUGUCUGGGCCGAUCAGGCUGAUGCGGAACUGGAGAAGAAGAUUGGGGCGAGUUUUGGGAUUCGCCCGGCUGAGGAUGGCGAUGGCGAUGUGGAUAUGUCACAGGCCGAAGCUGGGCCCUCGCAUUGA